AUGACUAUUGUUGUUGAAAAUCAAGCUGAAGUUGCUGAGUGUGGAUGUUUCCUUAAUGCAUGGCUUUGGUUCAAACAAUUAGUUAAAACUUUUAUGGUUAAGGUUGUCGAUAAUGCAAUUAGUGCAAAGAACUUAGGAAAAGAAGAUCCUAGAAUAAUUGUUCAUUCUCUCAAAGUAGGGUUUGCUAUAACUCUAGUCUCACUCUUCUACUAUUUUGAGCCUAAAUUUGAGUAUCAAGGUUUUGGUGUUUCUGCAAUGUGGGCUGUUCUUACGGUCGUCGUCGUCUUCGAAUUUACUGUUGGAGCAACACUUGGAAGAGCUAUAAAUAGAGCAAUUGCAACAUGCUUAGGUGCUUCAGUAGCUGGUGGAAUUCAUCGAUUAGCUUGUUUCUCUGGGUCAAAGACAAUAGAGCCUAUUUUACUUGGGUUUUUUCUCUUCUUAAUAGUUGCAAUAGUGACAUAUUUGAGAUUUCUACCAAAGUUGAAGGCAAGAUAUGACUAUGGUGUCCUUAUUUUUAUUUUGACAUUUUCAUUGGUGUCCGUUUCUGGUUAUCACGAUAAACAAGUGUUGGAAAUGGCAGAAACAAGGAUAACCACUAUUCUUAUAGGAUGUGACAUUGCUUUCCUUGUUUGCGUUUUGAUAUGUCCUGUUUGGGCUGGUCAACAACUUCACGAUAAAAUUUCAUCAAACUUUGAAAAAAUUGGCUCUUUUCUUGAAGUGUUUGGGACUGAUUACUUGAACACAUCAAGUGAAGAAGCUAGUGAACAAAAAACGUCUGAUUUGGAGGGAUAUAAAAGUGUGCUUAAUACAAAAAGCGCUGAAGAAGUACUGGCUAAUUUUGCAAGAUGGGAGCCUAGACAUGGGAAGUUUAGGUAUCGUCAUCCUUGGGGUCGAUAUUUGGAAAUUGGUGGCAUUGCUAGAGAAUGUGCUUUUCGAAUUCACGCCCUAAAUGACUAUCUUAACUAUGAAACUCAGGUUGAACCUGAAAUUAGAACUAAAAUUCAAGAACCAUGCAAGAAGGUGAGCACAGAAUGUGGUCAUGUUUUAAAAGAACUAGCAUUGGCUAUGAAGACAAUGACAUAUCCACACACCAUCACAAUCCACAUUGACAAUGCAAAAAUUGCUGCUGAAAAUCUCAAGACCUUGCUCCACACAAAUAGUUCAUGGGAAGGAAUAAAUUUUUCUGAUGUCAUUCCUAUGGCAACAGUAGCUUCAUUACUCAUAGAAAUAGUUUCUUCUAGCGUAAAGAUGGUGGAAUCAUUUGAUAAACUUGCUACCUCAGCAAGAUUCAAGAAGACUAAUCAACUCGCCCCGGUGAGAGUAAGAACUAACAGUUGGAAAACUAGAGUAACGCCAGAUCAGCCGAGUACAGAAACUGUACAUCAUGAUGUUGCAGGAGAGUGA